AUGUCGGCCAACUACUCGCAACUCGACGACGACGACCAUGACAUAACCCACCCGCACCACGACCACGACCACGACCACGACUCUCCACUAGAUCCCUACUCACGCUUCGACUUCGGCCACCUCUUCGGCGACUACAGCGCGCCUGUCCAAGAAGAAGGAGAACAAUUCGACGACGCCUACCGCGCUCCUCCCGCACCCUACUCCACCGGCUUCUUCGACCACAUCCUCAACCCAGCUGGCCUCGACCACGGCAGAUAUUCCCCCUUUGCUUGGCGCCCAUACAGCCCGUUGACCUCGGACAUGGCGCCUACCACCCGCGCACGUCCCGACCGUCUCGCAAAUGGCUACGUCGACCUUACAAGCGCCCCCGAUUCACCACCCCCAAGACGCAAGAGGGAAUCGCCCACACCCGGCCCGUCGGCGAAGCGCCAGAAAAAGGACGACGGGUCAGCUGCUGAAGUUGAGGAGAAGAAGGAAGACGACGAAAAGGUCCAAGAGCUUGACUUGACAGAGCAGAAGACGCCGCUGCAAGAGGCCCUACAAAAGCAACAGGAAGAUGCUGUCAAAGUGCAAGCAAAGCCAGAAGAGACCGUCACUACUUUUAAUUCCUUCAACUGUGUCAUCUGCAUGGACAACCCCACAGAUCUCACAGCCACCGCAUGUGGCCACCUCUUCUGCCACACCUGCCUCAUGGAAGCCCUCAUCGCCGGUGAGAACCGCACCGGACCCCAUGAAACCAAGCGUUCUCAAUGUCCCGUUUGCCGAAAGACUAUUAGCCGGAAUAAGGCGACUGACGUUAUACCUUUGCUGUUGAAGAAGGGGUUGGCGACGCAGCCGAGAAAGAAGGCGGUUGCAUCUGCUGCCGUCACGGCGUCCAAGGUAGCGUGA